UUUAAAUUGAGAAAGAUGUAUAAGAAAAUAAUUAUACUGCAAAAUGUCAGCAAUAUCCCAGCAAGAUUUCAAAUAGAAGGGAGACCGUAUCGUUCCAAGUUCCGCGUUAUAGUGCAGCCUGUGGUAGAGAACAGAGGCAUCGUUCCGCCGGGAAUGCAACUGCGAUUGAUCAUUCUGUUCCGUUGCGACGAUAUUGAUACACCAGAAGAAGUAUUGGUGUUAAACGUUCAACAUGGAAGUUCGGUGAUUAUCCGGUUGCACGGAUACAAAGACCCUCCUAUUUUGUUGGGUAUAUCUUUUACAUUAAAUAGCUCUGGAACUUUAUCUACCUGGAUGACGGAAGACGAUAAUUUUGUAAGCAUGACAUUCGACUGUAAGAAAGCCUUUGUAGGAGAAGAAGCUUAUGUACUUAUAAAAUUCAAGAAUGUCGGCGGAGAGGGCCGGUUUUUCAUAAUGAGCGAGGCAGACUGGUUCUCUAUGAACAUUAUAGAUAUCACAGACAAAAAUAGUUUAAAAUUAUCCUGUUUUACCGUGUGGCCUGCGUAUUUUGCACUGAAUACAAACGAAGAACUAGAUUUUCGUAUGUACUUCUCACCAGAGUGCUAUGGAAUUCAUGUGGAAAAAUUAUACAUAUUAUGCGAUAAUUGUACCUUGCUGGAAACAGAGAUAAUCGGUGAUGGAUUAAUAUAUGAGUCGAAUUUCAUCCAGCUUAGUAAACAUUUAGUGAAAUUAACACCAUUGGAAAGAAAUAUUGAUAAUCAAGCGAAUUACUACAUAAACCUGAGCACCAAUACCCCUGACGGUAUCGGGCAAUGCAUCAUUGCUGUAAGCAAUAUUAGUGAGAUCAGCAUGCAUUUUUCUUGGAUGAAACGAAACGUGCAAACUGACAUGCACAGAAUACAUACAAAGAAUUAUUUUCCCUUAGAACUGCUUCACAUUAAUCCAGACCAAGGAGUUUUCGCUCCAACUUCCGUGCACUAUUUUACUGUAACGGCUGAGUAUAAAGAUUUACAGCCAAAUUAUUAUUUUGCUGUUCUACAAUUAUACGUAGAAGAUAUACCAGUUGAUGCAGUACCAAAAAAUACGGAUCUACAAACCAAAGAAUGCACCACAAAACGACGAAAAUGUCCAGCUUCUGUAGACAUUUGGAUCGCCGAUGUCGAAGUCUGGUUGCAAUACAUGAUGGAUGAGGAGGAUAAAACUGAUCGAACAACAGAGGAAAUAUUGAAACAUAUCUUGGAUGUGCCAUCAGAUAUCAAAUAUCCUCGAUCGGAUUACGAAGAAGAAGAAGAAGACAAAGAAGAAAUAAUAGGGGAAAUAUUAGAAGAAGAAUUUGAAGAAGGAACAUCAACGUGUCAGUUAGGAGCAGACGAGUUAUUUUAUCACCACGAUUUAGUAAACCUAAAUCAAUUCGACCUACUGUGGCAAGAGCAUAUAAUAAGCAUGGGUAUCAUUAGACCCACAAGGCUUGUAAUUUUAAGAUAAUUUAUGUUACUUAAAAAGCUUUAUAUUUCUUAUUAAGAUUAUUACGCGUGACAGGACUCUAUACAUCGGCGUCAAGGAAACUUACAUUUUCAUAUUAAAGAAUCUCGCUGAUGACUCAUUGAAUUAUUCGUGGGGUGAAGUUAGUGGUUUAGAUUCGUCAAAGAUGAAACUUUGCGUGUGUCCUGAAAAAGGAGAAGUAUUAGCUAGAGGCACUAAAAAAAUUGAAAUAACUAUCACACCACUUUCAGAGGUUAAAUAUUUGUUUAAUUUUUCAAAAAUUUGAUUUUGGGAAAAUAUUUGGUUUACUAUUUAUUUUUAAUUUCUAGGGGAUCGUGCAAUCGUUAUUUAUACCAUGUUUUGUGGGAGAUUCGCGGAAGAUGAUAAUGCUGGGCAUCGAAUGUUUCAUCGAAUCACUUUAUGUCAUAUUUUAUUUUCCAUUAAACGACGAUACGCCAUUGUUAAUGAAUAAUUUUGUUAAAGUAAAGUGGCGGGCAGAUAGUCUCAAACUUGCUUUGGAUAUGGCGGGAAAAUCUAGACAGCA